GGAGCUUCAUGGGGGGAGAGAAAUGGGCGUUGCUUCACGGGGUCUAAUGAAUGUGAGAAUAUCUGUUAUCCACCUUCGCAUGAUUCAAAUACUCCCUUAAAGGUUUUAAUAAAUGAAAGAAAACAAAAUGAUUUGUCUUUUGGAAUCGCGUCUCUUGCAAUUUUGACUUCCUUUUUUGGUCCAUCUCCCAGUCUGGGAUUUUAAAUUUUUUCAAUAUCAUCGAGUGUUUUUAGAUCAGCAGCUGCGCUGCAACUACCGGAACUCUCGUCAAAGAUAGUUUAGUAAGUAAAGUAGAAGUCAUUCACGAUUUUUUUUGAAGUGCACGAACACGAUGCCGUCUGCGGUCGAAAAGAAUUCCUAUUUGAUCGUCCCCUCGGACAUCACUCUGCUCGAAAACAAGGCCGCGAUCGGCCGGAAGUCGCUGGGGUUCUUCGAGUUUCUCGGACUUGCAAGUAUUUCCUUAUAAGCAUCCAAAUUCUUGCUCUGGCAUCUAGCAUCAGGAUGCUGGAUAAUGCAGUUCUAGAAAGAAGGUAAGCCUGCUAUAUUACAGUCUAUUUUAAAGAACAACUUCAACUUUGUUUCGGUUGAGUCAAAUAUAUAAGGACAAUCUUCCAAGCUACUAGCUAUAAUAUGAUGUCGUGCAUACUGCUACUGGCAUGUGAUACAACAUCAAUCUACCAGCGACGUUUCCGAUGUAUCAUAAUUCUUAUUCGAAACUGGAUGCGGCCGAAAAGCGAGCUGUUCUCUCGAAAGACUACGAUUUUCAAUCCGCGAACCCAGAGGUCGAAGUAUGCCGAGUGCGGCAAAUGGCCGUCAGCAGAGAGGUAAGCAAUUACUAACGUAGUAGAUAUGCCUAGUAAAGUUUGAGACCCUCUAUGCUGAAAAUCAUAUUGUGCCCUUGACGACUGGUUUCCUGCAAAAAAUUCUACAUCCUUGUUCUUGCUCAUCGUUGAACAAGAAAACAUCAGCGCGACGGCAGUUGUCGUGAGUUUCCCAUAACAACUAACUGAAGAAGACAUUGACAUUGUUUUUCGCACGCGUAUUAAUCUGAUCACAGGUAAAGUCGCACCUGGGUUGGUGGGCAGGUUGUCUUGGUUUUGGCGCCACCACUUUUUGGAGCGUGCGCAAGUACAACUGGCAGGCAAAGUGCAUGUGCGUGCCUUUCAUGGCCUACGCAGGUACUCUUGCACGUCCUUUGUACAGAUGCCAUUUUUACUAAUGCUCAGCCUGAAUAGCUUAGGCUCAUGCAUCUUGGACUUGAUUUAGCAUCCAUGCAGCUUUUUUCAUUUACAUCAAAAAUCGUGUAGGAACGGAUAGACAAAGAGAAUUGCAUUGAUAGGUUCAUGGGUCGGUCGGUUUGCGGGUGAUGUAAUUACAGGCCGAAACGCAGAAACCUACAGGGAUCGAUUCCUCGCUAAUCUUCCAGCGAAGAUGUAUUACACGCCUCCGUCCGAAAUGUGAGGCUACAACGCGGAAAAAGCUGUAUUUUUACAAGGCCGGAGCAGCAGGAGCCUUACUUUUUCAGAUAAUUGCGUCAACUUCAACAUAGAUAGACAACUUAAUGAAGGAGUACUAGCUUGUGCUGGUGUCUUCGGUGGAACAUCAUGGAAGAAGCGUAGAGGAGAUCUUCUUAUUUUUGAUAGUUGUUAUCUCAAUAAAAAACAACGCUCUUCCAUCAUUUUCGCGCCACCCGCAUUGAAUCCUCGAUUUUCCGAUCGUACGAUGCCAGAUUUCUCAAUGUCGUUUGAUCAUUUUUACGCAUAAAGAUCGGCUGUCGAGUCCUACCGCUUUUUCCAGCUAUCGGUCCGACUCAAUGAUCAUAUGAAAGAAGUGUUUGAUAGGUUCUGUCCAGUCGUAUCUUCAGAACUGGUAACCAUAUCCAUGAAGAUGCGGCUACAGAUCUAAAGUGGAUUGGUUCCCUUAUUGUUGGUCGCAAACCUACAAAUAGCAUCCUCGCUCUUCAUCUAGCAGAAUCCAUCAGUCGCUAUAGCCAUGUUGUUGAUCGGACGACAGGACGCGAGCAAACCGAGAUAACACAGAGGUUCUUAAGGAGGGGUCACAUUGAUGCUGCUGUCUCGAGAGCACGAUCCUUAGAGUUGCAUCAUUUUUAAACGCUAGAAAC